UCUCGUCUGAUCGAGUUUCAGUGACUGUGACAGAGAGCUAGAGAGAGACACGUAGAGAACGAGACCUACCCACACCAUCGUCUCUCUUCUCUGAAUGGGCGCAACAUGACCUUGAACUUUUUGGUUCACGCAGGCGCUGUUUCUUUCGGAUUUUUAACAGGAGUCUUCGACGAAAUCGAAGGAGGUCAUCGCUGCUUCGCCAUGCAACGAGAAGAUGCCCUCUGUGGUGGUGGUGGGCAGGGCAGGUUUCGCGCCCAUCACCGCCACCACCAGCUGUGCAUCGUCAGAAGGGGAACGCCCCCUCUACCGGAUAUCGUCGUGAGCAACACGCCCCCAGCCUCCCCCAUCAGGAGCAGCGCGACGCCCUGCCCUUACUUCUGCUUCCCCGAACCUUCCGCCAAAUCCCCGAAGGCCUCGUGCGAAGGGCACCUGCUUCCCAGAGGGCACCACCUUCCUCCCGACGAAGGAGGACCCCUCACGCCCCCUUCGACGCCCUCUGCGGUAGGACCGUCGGAAGAAGAAGGUGGCGCCGAUGAUUUCGGGAGGGGCAUAGGGCCGGGGCUUAUCCAUGGCGCCCUCGGAGGCAGCUGCCAUUUCCAUCGUCAUCACCACCGCCGGUGUCACCACCACAGAGAAUGCCCUAGACGCCCCUGCCGCUCUGCUGCUGCUGCUCACGCCCUUCGGCGGGUGCCCUGGGGAAGACCUUCGGAGGAGGAGCCCCGUCGGUGUCUCCGUCAGGUAGCAGAAGGAGGGGCGCACUGUCUGCGGUGUCUCGAGCUCACGAGGUCGCGGGAGGAGAGACGCCUUUGGAAGGGCGUCGGGCAUGACCUCAGGAAGUUGGCUGACCAUUUCCAGGAGGCUCAUUCGGAGAUGGAGAGGAAAGACGAGCGAACUGGCUCACCCUGACAUUGCUGGUUCCCGUGGCCCUCACCAGGUGUCUCUCUGCGUCCAUUCUAUGCCUUAUAAGAUGGAGAAUCUUUGACAGGCUCCAGUGAUCCCUUCCUCGCCAUUCGUGGCUCGUCGUCGUCGUUCCCUUUCGAGCACGACUUGGCGACCACUGCCAGGUUGUGUACGGCUUGGCCAAAGGGGAGGGAGGUUAAAUAAGACCCUCAGAGUCUUUCAAACACGUCUUUCAAGUACAAACUCCAAGUUCAACUGAUCUCAAGGAUGACUUUUGCACGUAUUUGUUGUAGUAUUGGAGGCGGACUUGUUUGUCAUUUUUUAUUUUUA